AGAACUUUUAAACUGGAAAACCUUUUCCUUUUUAGCCGCUUUAUCCUGUUUAGUCAAUUAUUGAAGUUUUUUUCGUGAAUCUGGAAAGAGUAAAAGUGUUUCUUCUUAGAUGUUCUUCAUUUCUGGGACCACUUUUUCUAGUUUUCGGAAGCUUUUGUUUGUUUUCAAGGCUGUCUAUUUUCUUCCUUCCUCGGUUUCGCUCCUGUGUUUGGAUCUGUGGUUUUUGGAAGAAAAUAAGGGUUAUUUUGACAAACGUGUCUUGGGUAGUCAUGUCCUCUGCUAUGGAUAAGGCUAUGUUGGCCAUGUCCUUGGAAGAAGAAGAUGAGGUGCCUUUUGAGAUGCCAGAUCUGCCGGAAUUCAGUUCAGUUGAGAGAAAUUCGAUCAGCCUGAUUGGUCGAACCCUAAAUCCUUCUUGUCAGCCAAUGAAGAACCUUAUCAGAGUCAUGCCUAGAAAAUGGCAGAAACCGGGAAGGAUGAGAGGUGUUGCUCUAUCUAACGAGAAGUUUCAGUUUAUCUUUGAUUCUGAACAUGAUCUUCUAGAGGUGCUUGCUAAGGGCACGCAUACGUACAAUGAUUGGUCUUUAGCUGUGGAUAGGUGGUAUGAAAGUCCUCCGGCAAACUAUCUGCAGUGUAUUCCGAUUUGGGUUCAGAUAUGGAAUCUCCCGGUGAACUUUUUCACGGUGAAAGCCAUCACAGCUUUGGGAGAGUUGAUUGGGGAAGUGAAAGAGGUUGCUUUUGACCCCGACAUUCCACAAAUUCAAGAAUUUGUUCGGGUGAAAGUCUUAUUUGAUGUCUCUCGUCCCUUAAGGAGAGCCAAAGAAUUGAAGCUUCCAAAAGGAGGAGUCACCACGAUUCGCUUUCAGUAUGAACGAAUACAGAAACGAUGUUAUGAGUGUCAGAGGUUGACACAUGAAAAAGACUAUUGUCCCAUAUUGAUUAAGAAAAGGGAAGAUGAUGCUGCUGCUAGGAGAGCUGGUCGCUCGGUGCCUAAACCAACAAGAGUCCCGUUUCUGAAAGAGUCUGAUCCAUUGUUUGGAAUUCUCAGAGAGGAUCAAGUUGGAUUGGACCCAGCCACUGGUCGACAAAGGAUUGCGGCUGAUGUCUUAGAAGGGAUGAGACAGUAUCUGCUAGUUAAUAACAAUGAAGAUCGGCAUGUCAAAGCUAAUAGAAUAAAGAAAUCAGUUAGUGAGGUGGAGAAGGACCCGAUUGCCAAGAAAACCAUUCUCAGGAUGGAGACAGCCCCGAUUGUUCAUGUUGAUGUAAACAAAGAUAAAGGAAUUGUCUUUGGUUUUGAAGAACCGGAACUGGUAGCUCGAGAGGAGGAGGCUCAGGAGGCUGGAACUGGUGAAAGAGUUAGUGGUAAUCUGGUUAUGAAAGAGAGAACUUGGCUGGUGGAAGAAGAAUCAAAUCAUAGUUCUGAUGCUUUGGGGUCCUUUCUUGCUUUGUCGCAGCCCUUUCAAGAUAGAUCUACGGGUUUUAGUACCGGUUUCUUUGAGGCUGGUACUUCCAGAUCUAAGUCAAAGAAAGGAAAUCAGAGAAAGAGACCUCCCUCAAGAAUUAGAAAACCAAAGCCAAAGCUAUCUCAAGCUGCAAUGGAAGACCAGUUGUUGCACUUAGAUCUAUCAAGGAAUGUGAAAGAGAAAAGGAAAGCAGAAGAUGGAGGACCAAGCACUGCUAAAUUGUCAAAGCUUAACCCUCUGAAGGUGAUCCCAAAUGAGGGAUCGCCCAAUGGUUAAUGAGUAUCAUUAGCUGGAAUUGUCAAGGCUUGGGACGGUCUCAAGACUUGGUGAUUCCUCGUCUCAAAGAGAUGCGUAAAAAGCAUUUCCCUGAGAUGUUGUUUCUAAUGGAGACGAUGCAAAGUAGAGAGAGUUUGUUUGAUGUACAGUGCAUGUUGGGUUAUGAUAGUAUGUAUACUGUGAACCCAGUUGGAAAGUGUGGAGGUCUAGCGCUCUUUUGGAAGGGUAGUGUACAAAUUGAUAUUUUGUUUGCUGAUAAGAACUUAAUUGAUGUUCAAGUACAGUUUGGAGCA